AUGCAUCUGGCUUAUCCUGACUACCUAGACCUUGUCAUUGACUAUGCUUUGCGUACUGCUGCUGGCGAGGUCGUUGCAAAGCCAGGCUUCGCCGAUAAGCUCGUUUUGGAGGUCGAUCAUAUGAUCCAGGUAGUGAUGAGGGCGAAGGAAAAUACGUACAUGGUGAAUUGGGAUGUUCGUACAUACAAUGCGGCUGUCGGUGGGCAGCGAGGCGACAAGCCAGAGGCCGAGGAGCGCCUCCAGCGACAGUUUCCCACGGACAGAAUCAGUCUUGAAGAUCCAGCUGUCUUGGAGGAUGUUGCAGGACAAAUCAUAGCUGUAUAUCUUCCGGAUGCCAUAGUUCAGCAUCGCAGGGAGAUCAUCAGCAGCCAGAUGCAAACUCUAGGUCCGACUCUCGACGAGAACUUGCGCGGCUCCAGCGGAUCCCGCGGCUCCCGCGGCUCCGGCGGCUCCCGCACUGGCGAAAGUGCUUGGAGGAAUGCCCUGAAGCACUUUCUGCCUGCUCAUAGGGCCACCGUCUUCGGACGUGGCAAUGUGACGGCGUCACCAGGAUGGCAUGCUCAAGGGCAUUUUACUUUCGAUCACCCCCUUCACGUCUCCGGCCAACUCGGGCCUGCACCAAAUAAGCCAGCCACGCCAGGACACCUCGCCUUUCAGCAGUUUAUGCGCGAGCACCUGGAAACCGGUUGCCUCAUGUCUGUGGCUCUGGCUCUUACACAUCCCGAGCAAUAUGCUCUUACCCGUGCCAGUCUUGAAAAGCUAUCAGGUCUUGAGCGCUUUUGUGAGCGAGUUCGCGAGUGGUCUUUUGCGUUUAAUGUCUUGACCAUUGUCGCCAAUCGCGAGUCUAUCCUGCAUCGCGACAAGCAAAGCGGUGGACCUGUAUGGAUUGACGCCCUGUUGACCGUCGGUGGAGAUGAGGAUACCGUUCUAGAGCUUCCUGGAGUGGGUGCUCGGUUUAGAUAUCGGUCAGGUACUAUAGUUUUGUUCUGCGGGCAUACACAGCUUCAUGGUGUCAGUCCAGCAUUCCACGAGCGUGUAUGUUUUGCGGCCUAUGCGCGUCCGACUGUUCUGAGGAAACUACGAUUCCAUAUUCCUGAACCCCCCACCAUUGUCAGCUCUGAUGACCAUCUUUACUGGCUGGAGUACAUAAAGUCGCUACUUGACUGGGCUCGCAAUUGA